AUGUCACAUCACAUCAUCACAUCAACAGCCUUUAAUAGUCCACUGCUGGACAUAGGCCUCUCCUUAGAAAGAAGGUUAUGGCCUACUAUACCACGCUGGCCAGACGGUCGGCACGCAUUAGUAACGCAAGUGGAGAUGCAUGUGAGCGCCGUGACCCUUGCCAGCAUGGCGGCGUCUGCAUCAGCACUGAUGACGGGCCCAUCUGCGAGUGUCGGGAUGGAGACUAUGAGGGAGCCUUCUGUGAAAGAGGUCAGUGGCUACAAGACACUUCCAUUCACACUAAAUGCAAUAAAUUGCUAA